CAGAAGUAUUCAAAAAGUACAAGUUAAACAACGUAAUUGGAGGUGUGGAUGGUUGCCACAUCCCUUUCCUGGAGAAACCUCGAGGAAUCCCUGAGGGCAAAGAUGCUAAAGAUUUCUGAAUCGCAAAGGACUCUACAGCAUCAAUGCACAAAUCAUUGGAGGAUUCGACAGGAGGAUCUAUGACAUCCUUCUAACUGCCCCUGGAUCUUUUCAUGAUGCGGCAGUCUGUAGCAUGUCGCAGGGAAAAGGUUGGUUGGAGACUAGAUUUCCCCAACGGUUUUUUCUCGGCGAAAGCGCCUAUCCUCAAACAGAGGUUAUGAUGACCCCUUACUCGGAGGAUUAGUCCAGGGCCGACGACAACAAAUGUCUGUUCAAUGUCAGGCAUUCUCAAGCACGGGUUGAGAUGACGGAGAACAUCUAUGGGAUGUUAAAGAGGAGGUUUCCCAUAACUAAAUUUAUCAGAUCCCACCUCUUAAACUCCAUAAGAAUUGUUCAGGCAUGUGUAGUUCUUCACAAUAUAGCACAGGAUUACCGAGAUGAGGUUCCACAAAAUAAUCAUCCCAACUAUCAUGAAGAAGUUGAGGAGGAAGAUUAUCAUCAGGACUACGAUGAAAUCCCUGCUGGACAGGUUCACUUGGUGAACCAGCUGAACCCCAGGCAGAGGCGCGAGCAGGGAAUGGCCGCCAGAGAUAAUUGGAGAUUAUCAAUGGAUAAUACUCCAACUAGGAAGGAGCUCGUUAAGAUGGCCAACCAUCGUGUUCAAGCCGAGAUUUGAAGACGUGCCCGACGAUAAAUUCUUGUCUGAGAUAAUUAUGUUUAUAAUAAAGGUGGGGUUUUUCGUGUGACCUUUUUGUCACAUCGUUUCCCCAUGCUGUCAA